CACUCGCAUCGUGUCUGGUUCAGAAGAUUUCACUGUCCGGCUGUGGGAUGCAGCAACGGGGCUGCCAUUGGGUGAGCCCUUCCGAGGGCACACUAGUUCGGUUUUGUCAGUCCUCGUUCUCCCCCGAUGGCACUCGCAUCGUGUCUGGUUCUUGGGAUUCCACUCUCCGGCUGUGGAAUGCAGCGACAGAGCAACAAUUCCAGGAGCACACUGAGAUUCACUCCUCUCCAUUCUCUUUGGACAGACGUCCCACCACACCUUGCAAACGUGAGACUAUCAUGUUAACUAAUACUUGGAACUAUCGCACCAUUUGCUUUCCAUCACGCUUGGAAUAUGCACUGCAAAACUCUGCUGAACUACUCGAGGGCACCUCUCACGUUAAAACAACCCCUGUCGUGCUGGAAGAUGAUGGAUGGAUGGUAGGAGCCUAUCGUCGGCUUCUUUUCUGGGUACCACCCGCUUCCCGAGAAAACCCAUUUUAUUCCCUUGGGACUGUAUUAGCGAUACCCCCCCUUGGGCUAGAUAUUGAUUUGAGUCGCAUGGCUCAUGGAGAACACUGGUCGAAUUGUCGAGAUCUCUCUACUUGCAAAUGAUCCAGCCGUAGUAAUACCGAGUGCACAGUUUUGUUCUAUGUUAAUCCUAUAUCGAGCUUGAAUGUGGAGUUGUCCACUACCAUCGUGGUUCCAUAUCUUGAAAAUUUGCCGUUGCGACAACACUAGCCUCAUCAUUAUCAACACUCGACCCCACCGUCUCGUCAAAGUACUCAUAUCAUUACAUCAUACAUGUAGUCUUCACACUAUUAAUAGAAAUUGCAC